GCGGACGGGAAAGGAAAGCUGAGUUCUGGUCAUGGGAGGGCUCCUCGAGAUGACUGGGUUUGGGCUUUCCGUCCUGGGUUGCGUUUGUUUGUAAAACUUAUAUUUAGCGUCUUCCUGUGGCUGUAGCAUGACUUCUUGGGCAGAUGGAGCUUCCUGUUACCUUCUGCAGCCCCAUCAGAAUGGGGAACCAUAGAGUUGUUGGAAGCUGCUAGAGAAAAUGUUUAAAGACUGUGUGUGCACAAGAUAAAGACCAUCAAUACAUUCAAAUACCAUCAAUACAAGUGCUGAGCAUUUACCUUGUAUCCAAACACCCUGCGCAUCACCGUGAUGAAAAGGAUAUAUUUAUCGUGUAAUGUAAGCAUUUCAGUUACACACGAGAGAGGAAACAGGCAUGUCAGCUCUUUGUCCACCACCGUCCCCUGCAGUUGCUAAAACAGAGAUCUCUUUGAAUGGCGAGUCACCUUUAUUAGCUGCCACUUUUGCUUACUGGGACAAUAUUCUUGGCCCCCGAGUGCGGCAUAUCUGGGCUCCAAAGACAGAACAGGUGCUUCUCAGUGAUGGUGAAAUAACUUUUCUUGCCAACCACACGCUGAAUGGAGAAAUACUCCGGAAUGCAGAAAGUGGUGCAAUAGAUGUGAAGUUCUUUGUUUUGGCAGAAAAAAGGGUAAUCAUUGUGUCAUUAAUCUUUGAUGGAAACUGGAAUGGAGACAGAAGCACAUAUGGACUAUCAAUUAUACUUCCACAAAGUGAACUUGGCUUCUACCUGCCACUUCACAGAGUGUGCGUGGAUAGAUUAACACACAUUAUAAGGAAAGGAAGAAUAUGGAUGCAUAAGGAGAGGCAAGAACAUUUCCAGAAGAUUGUCUUGGAAGGGACAGAAAGAAUGGAGGAUCAGGGUCAGAGCAUCAUUCCAAUGCUGACAGGAGAAGUCAUUCCUGUAAUGGAACUCCUUUCAUCUAUGAAAUCACACAGUGUUCCGGAAGAAAUAGAUAUAAGUGACACAGUGCUAAAUGAUGAUGACAUUGGGGACAGUUGCCAUGAAGGCUUUCUUCUCAAUGCAAUUAGUUCACACCUGCAGACCUGUGGUUGUUCGGUAGUCGUAGGAAGCAGUGCAGAAAAAGUAAAUAAGAUUGUGAGAACACUGUGUCUAUUUCUUACACCAUCUGAACGGAAGUGUUCCAGGCUCUGUAGAAAUGAGUCUUCUUUCAAGUACGAGUCGGGACUUUUUGUUCAAGGCUUACUUAAAGAUGCUACAGGAAGCUUCGUGCUGCCCUUCCGUCAAGUCAUGUAUGCCCCAUACCCUACCACACAUAUAGACGUGGAUGUCAACACAGUGAAGCAGAUGCCCCCCUGUCACGAGCACAUCUAUAACCAACGACGAUACAUGAGAUCGGAGCUGACAGCAUUUUGGAGAGCUAAUUCAGAUGAAGAAAUGUCUCAAGAUCAUAUUAUCCACACUGAUGAGAGUUUCACACCUGAUUUAAAUGUCUUUCAAGAUAUCCUGCAUCGAGAUACUUUAGUAAAAGCUUUUCUGGAUCAGAUCUUUCACCUGAAGCCUGGCUUGUCUCUAAGGAGUACUUUCCUUGCACAAUUUCUGCUGGUCUUGCACAGAAAAGCCUUAACUUUAAUAAAAUACAUAGAGGAUGACACGCAAAAAGGAAAAAAACCUUUUAAGUCUCUUCGAAGCUUAAAGGUAGAUCUUGACUUAACAGCAGAGGGCGAUCUUAACAUAAUAAUGGCACUGGCUGAGAAGAUUAAACCAGGUCUACAUUCCUUCAUCUUUGGGAGGCCGUUCUAUACCAGUGUACAAGAACGUGAUAUGCUCAUGACAUUUUAAAGUUCUCCAUGUGUCUGAUAUUGCACGGAAUUUGUCAGUGUGACACCACACUGGUGACAAUCAUUGACGACUGAGGAUGUGGCCUCAGGAGCUCAGUAACACUAAGGUGUGUCCGAAGCUGGAGGGGUCUUGUUAGAGGGGAUAUCAGCUUAGCUAGACAAGCAUGAUUAUUUUAAUGAAUUUGUGUCUUCUGUGUACUUUUUUAAAUUGUAAAAGUAAAUGUUACCAGAGGAUCCUCAGCCAUAUUGGCUUAGUAGAUAAAUUUGAACGUGUUUUGGUGUACGAUAAAGGGAAGCAUUUUAAUUUUUGUUCCCCAGAGACUUCCUUCAGGUAUAUGUCAGUUAUUCCCUGUUCUGCUGUGUCCGUGUUUUCAGUGUUUCCGCACAAAACAAUAUGUAUGUCCUCUCCAAUCAUGGAAGUUGCACAAUAGGCACUUUCUGAGAGUUUUAAAGAGUUCUUAAAAGUGUUUGUACGUAUGUGGUACAAAUCUGAAAUAUGACUUCCCUUAUCUCCCUUUUUAACACCACUGGCUCCUUCUUUUAGAGCAUUUAAACAUUUGGAAUUUUUAACGUACUACAAGGUACUAUUCUUGUGUGAAAGCUGUUAAUUAUUAGCAGCCUAAACAGCAGCACGCCACACAUGGGAACUAGGUCAUUAUUGAAGCAGCUUUGUGUGUGUAUAUGCCAACCAGGAUACUCUGUCACAUGUUGUUGGGCCAUCCUGCAGUGGAGUGUGCAGUGAUCCAGCAUUACGGAGCUCUUCCAAAACACAAAACUGAAAACUUGGUGUCAUUCCACGGCACUUGUCAGUCUUUCUGUCUGUAAACUGCUACUGGUAGUUCCAUUGUCAGUUUCAGUAAGAUGCAUAGAAUCAUUUGGACUGGAAAAGACCUCCCAGAUCAUUGAGUCCAACCAUUAACCCAGCACUGCCAGGUCCACAAUUAAAAGAUGUUCCUAAGUGCCACAUCUACACACUUUUUGUACCCUUCCAGGGACGAUGAUGCCACCACUUCCUUGGGGAGCCUGUUCCGGUGCUUGACAAAACAUUCAAAUUAAAGUAUUAGACCUUCCCUGGAGCUGGUAGACAGGGACAGGAAGCCAAACAGCCCCCCUGUAUUCCAGGAGGAAAUAGUCAGUGACUUACUGAGCCACCUGGAUCCACACUGGUCCAUGGGACCAGAUGGGAUCCAUCGUAGGGUGAUGAGGGAGCUGGCGGAAGAGCUUACCAAGCUGCUCUCCAUCAUUUACCAACAGUCCUGGCUCACUGGGGAGGUCCCAGAUGAUUGGAAGUUGGCAAAUGUCACACCCAUCUACAAAAAGGGCUGCAAGGAGGACCUGGGAAACUCCAGGCCUGUCAGCCUGACCUCAGUGCCUGGCAGAGUUAUGGAGCAGAUCAUCCUAUGUGCAAUCACACAGCAGCUCCAGGAUGGACAAGGGAUCAGAGCCAGCCAGCAUGGGUUUAGGAGGGGCAGGUCCUCUUUGACUAACCUGAUCUCCUUUUACGAUCAGGUGACCCACCUGGUGGAUGAGGGAAAGGCUGUGGAUGUGUCUGUCUGGACUUCAGCAAAGCCUUUGAUACUGUCUCCCAUAACAUACUCCUGGAAAAGCUGGCAACCCACGGCUUGGACAGGGGCACUCUGUGCUGGGUCAGGAACCGGCUGGAGGGCCGGACCCGGAGAGUGCUGGUGAACGGGGCUGCCUCCAGCUGGCGGCCGGUCACCAGUGGUGCCCCCCAGGGGUCAGUGCUGGGCCCAGUCCUUUUUAACAUCUUUAUCGAUGAUUUAGGUGAGGGGAUUGAGACCAUCAUCAGCAAAUUUGCAGAUGACACCAAGUUGGGAGGGAGUGUCGACCUGCUGGAAGGCAAGAGGGCUCUGCAGAGGGACCUGGAUAGGCUGGAGAGUCGGGCUGAUUCCAGCGGUAUGAGGUUCAACAAGGCCAAGUGCCGGGUCCUGCACUUUGGCCACAACAACCCCCUGCAGCGCUACAGGCUGGGCACAGAGUGGCUGGAGAGCAGCCAGGCAGAAAGGGACCUGGGGGUGCUGAUCGACAGGAGGCUGAACACGAGCCAGCAGUUUGCCCAAGUGGCCAAGAAGGCCAAUGGCAUCCUGGCCUGCAUCAAGAACAGUGUGGCCAGCAGGAGCAGGGAAGUGAUCCUUCCCCUGGACUCAGCGCUGGUGAGGCCACACCUUGAGCAUUGUGUUCAGCUCUGGGCCCCUCAGUUCAGGAAGGAUAUUGAGGUGCUGGAGCGGGUCUAGAGAAGAGCAACUGGUGGAGACUGGUGAAGGGACUUGAGCACAAGUCCUGUGAGGAUAGGCUGAGGGAGCUGGGGUUGUUUAGUCUGGAGAAGAGGAGGCUCAGGGGUGACCUCAUCAUUCUCUACAACUGUCUGAGAGGAGGUUGUAGCCAGGUGGGGGUCGAUCUCUCCUCCCAGGCAAUCAGCAGCAGGACAAGAGGGCACAGGCUUGAGCUCUGUCAGGGAGGUUUAGGUUGGAUAUUAGAAAGUUCUUUACAGAGAGGGUGAUCAGGCAUUGGAAUGGCCUGCCCAGAGAGGUGGUGGAUUCACCAUCCCUGGAGGUCUUUAAGACGAGUCUGGAUGUGGCACUGAGUGCCAUGAUCUGGUAAUCACAGUGGGGUUAGAUCAAUGGUUGGCCUUGAUGAUCUCGGAGGUCUCUUCCAACCCAGUUAAUUAAUUCUGUGAUUCUAUGAUUCCCAAAGAACACACAGGUGAUGGACAAACUAAAAGAUAAACCAGUUUUUUUUUUUUUAAUUUUACAUCACAAAUAAUAUAUUUAGCAAUUCUUAAUUCAGAGACAAGCACAGCUAUGAACUAAUGUGAUUAGUAUUUUACAAAGUUAAUUCUAGUCAUUAAGCUUGACUACCUUAUUAGUUCAGCUUAGCACACCUCCCAGCUUUUCUUGAAAAUAAAAACACAUUUUCUAUUUGCAUGUCUCAACCUUUUUUUCUUAAUAGAAAGUAGAGUGAUGUGGUGUCAGGUGAAUCCAGAUUUUUUUGGUGGUGUGUUCAACUGAAAUCAGAGAAAUCUGUCCUGCAUGUUGUUGUAUCUUUCUCUUUUUGGACAAACAUAGGAAUUUGUGUCAUGCUUCAGUAUAAAGCCAUAACUCAAUAUUCAUUGUGAAGGAGCUGCACUUGUAAUUGGAGAAGCCACAGUUGCUUUAUUGCUUACAUUGUUUAUAACACUCCAUGGUGAACAGGUUUCUGUUUUCAAGGUAUCUUUUUAGUGUUAUUUUCAUGCAGUGAGACAUAAAAGUUAACAGAAGUUAGUUCACAACUUUUCCUGAAAUGUCUAAUGCUUGGAUUUUAAAAAGAAUACUGUCCCUUAUUUAGAUGCCAAAAUUCCGUUACACUUCCUGAAAGACAAGGAUUCUCAAUUAAAUGUUUAGAGCUGAAAGAUGUGGAAUUCAGCCCCAGCUGCACACCAUUUUUGUGAAUGAGCAUCAGCAGCAUUACCUGGUUGCAAAAGUAAUUACAUUUUAUGGAGCCAUCUUUUUGCUGCACAUGCAUGUAGGACUCCUGCAGUGAACUUGGCGAUUCAUCAAAAGAACUUGUCAGAAUUAUACUGACAUAAGUAACUUGUGCUGAAAUUCUGUUAGUCUUCCUACCAUUACCAUUCCCUUCUGUGUUUUCAAUUAAUUGAGGCAUUAGAAAAGAGCCUGAUUUUGCUUAAGUUUGUACUGUCAUGUCUAAGACAGUGAAAGAAAUUUCGUAAACACUGCCAAAACUUCUAAUGUAGAAGUUGUGCCAAAAUAUAAGGAGCUUUAAAUCUGCUGCUGAAAAUUUAACCUUUUGGCUUGAUAAGUAUUGGAAACUUAACACUGACACUACUAACACUCAAGAUACUUGUUUACUGAAGAUCCCGUCACUUUGAAAUUACUAAAAGCUACAAACUGUCUCAAUGGCUACUUUUGUUGCACAGCUGUCACAAGUGCACUGUCACAAGUGCAGAAUGUAUAGCGAAGUACAUUGUUAAAUGCAUCUGCAUGUUGUGUUGUAAAUCUUGCUCAGGAAACAAACUAAUAAAAUUCAUGCACAAGUUUUGACUUUAA